CCGGACGCCGCUGGCCCCGCCUCACGGAUCAGCUGAGGGAUCGGAGAUGUCCGUUGACAGCGGCGGUGGCGGCCGCGCGGCCGGUUCCGGGUUCGGCGCGGGGCGGGGGAUGUGAAGCCGAUGGAGCGGCCGGGAGAAGGCGAGCAGCCGCCUCAGCAGCAGCCGUGGGGGAGGCUUCUCCGCCUGGGCGCCGAGGAGGGCGAGCCGCACGUCCUCCUGAGGAAACGGGAGUGGACCAUCGGGCGGAGAAGAGGUUGUGACCUUUCAUUCCCCGGCAAUAAACUGGUCUCUGGAGAUCACUGUAAAAUUAUAGUGGAUGAAAAAUCUGGUCAGGUGUCGCUGGAAGAUACCAGCACCAAUGGAACAGUAAUUAACAAGCUGAAGGUUGUUAAGAAGCAGACUUGCCCUUUACAGACUGGGGACGUCAUCUACUUGGUGUACAGGAAGAAUGAGCCAGAACACAACGUGGCAUACCUCUACGAAUCUUUACACGAAAAGCAAGGCGUGACACGAGACUCCUUCGAAGCUAAUAAAGAAAACGUGUUCCACGUGACCAAAGAUACCUCAGGUGCAGGGCGAGGCGACGACCCCCAGGAUCCCCAGGUCCUGCCGUCGCCACCCGCGACUCAGGUGUGCUUUGAGGAACCACAGCCAUCAACGUCCACAUCGGACCUCUUCCCCACGGCCUCUACCUCUUCCAUGGAGCCCACCUCUGCAGGGCGAGGGCCUGCCUCCAGCUCCGGCUCGAGAGGUGCAGACGUCUCCCCAAAAGGGUGUGGUCCAUCUGUGGCAAGUGAUGAAAUCGCCAGCUUCCCUCUGGCUCUCUCUGAAAGAGAGGGGGCAUCCUUUUCUCCGUCGGAACCCCAGGAUCAGGAGGAGUUGGAGCCCGUUAAGAAGAGAGUAAAAGCAGACGGGGAGCCCACCCUGAACCUGCCCAUGCUGGUCGCAGACCCGGGCGGAGACCCCCAGAGUGCCCUUGACGUCAGAGCCGCGACCGUGAAGCCAGACAAGAUGGAGGAGACGCUCACGUGCAUCAUCUGCCAGGACCUGCUGCACGACUGUGUGAGCCUGCAGCCCUGUAUGCACACCUUCUGCGCCGCCUGCUACUCGGGCUGGAUGGAGCGCUCUGCCCUGUGCCCCACCUGCCGCUGUCCAGUGGGGCGGAUCUGUAAAAACCACAUCCUCAACGACCUGGUGGAGGCGUAUCUGCUGCAGCACCCGGACAAGAGGCGCAGCGAGGAGGACCUGCGCAGCAUGGCCGCCAGGAACAGGAUCACGCAGGACAUGCUGCAGCCCAAGGUCAGGAGGGCCUUCUCCGACGAGGAGGGGAGCUCCGAGGACCUGCUGGAGCUGUCGGACGUGGACAGCGAGUCCUCGGACGUCAGCCAGCCGUACAUCGUGUGCAGACAAUGCCCCGAGUACCGCAGGCAGGCGGGGCGGCCCCUUCCCUGCCCAGGGCCCGGCAGUGAGCCAGGGGCACCGCAGGCCCCCGGGGAUGCACCAUCGACGUCCGUCAGCAUCACGACAGCCCAGGACUACGUGUGCGCCCUGCAAGGAAGCCACGCCAUAUGCACCUGCUGCUUCCAGCCCAUGCCCGACCGGAGGGCGGAGCGCGAGCGGGACCCCCGCAUCGCCCCCCAGCAGUGUGCCAUCUGCCUGCAGCCCUUCUGCCACCUGUACUGGGGCUGCGCCCGGACCGGCUGCCUCGGCUGUCUGGCCCCGUUCCGCGAACUCAACCUGGGCGACCGGUGUCUGGACGGGGUGCUGAGCAACAACAACUACGAGUCGGACGUCCUGAAGAAUUACCUGGCCACCAGGGGUUUGACGUGGAAAAACAUGUUGACUGAGAGCCUCGGGGCUCUACAGAGGGGAGCGUUCCUGCUGUCUGAUUACAGAAUCACCGGGAACACCGUGCUGUGCUACUGCUGUGGCCUGCGGAGCUUCCGCGAGCUGACCUACCAGUAUCGGCAGAACAUCCCUGCUUCUGAGCUGCCGGUGGCCGUAACGUCCCGUCCUGAUUGCUACUGGGGCCGCAACUGCCGCACUCAGGUGAAGGCCCACCACGCAAUGAAAUUCAAUCACAUCUGUGAACAGACGAGGUUCAAGAACUAAGCAUCCAGGGAGGCAGCACAAUGGCUUGGGAGUAUUGCCGGUCAAUGACACGUGUCUCAGAAAAUACUGAAUACAGACGCUUUAAGGGCAUUUCACAGUACCCCUCAGGGGACGCCGGGGGUCUCUGCGUCGGGCACUCUGGUGUGACCUUUCUCUUGUGGAGUGAGACCCUCUCGGCGAGAACCCCUACCAGUGGCGCCCAGAGCCCUGGGUCAGAGCAAGAGCCGUCAGCCGUCCCCUCCUGUUGAAGAUGACCACGAGGUUUGCUCUCUGUACCUUUCCCACAACCACGGUCAAAGCAGACGUCUCUCUUCAAGAAAAGUGCCCUGGGAGAAGAAGGGGAGUUUGUCAGAAACGCUGUGCUGUUUGAGGGAAGGGAACAAAGUUUCCAGCCGGGGCACGCACAGCGGCUGACCUGUGCACUUUCAUAGGUUUGGUGCUCAUCUCCUAAUAAGACUUAAAUAUCGCAAACUGUAGCACAAAUGAUAUAACUUAUAAUUUACAAGUUGACUAAAAUGGGAGAUAGUAUGAUAUUUGAAAGAAUAAGCAUACGUUUCUGUUCAUAAAAGAAAAAUCAUCAGACGUCCAGGGACCCCGGCGCCGAGGGUGUGCUUGGGUCACUGCCACUCCGGGCUCCUCAGCACAACUGCAGCCCCGCCAACCUGUCUGGCCUUCUUCACUCCUCCCCUGCGGCCGGGGCCGGGGUGGCCCAGGGACCUGGGGUUCAGGUCGUCCCUGGUGGCGCCCCGGCCCGCCUGUAGCAGCUUCUUCCCACCGAGAGCUUCCGCAAGUCCUUGCCCUUUCCGCCUGCCAUGGGUUUGCCGUGUCAUCUGGAAUAAUACUUGAAAUUUUAUUGUUUAAAAAAAAAAGGUUUUUAUCGUUUGUUGA